AUGAUUCAGUUAAUAGCAUCAUGCCCUUCUUCAUGCGUGGUAUGCUCUGAAGAUAUUACUCUGUGUCAAGGAUUAACAUAUAUACUAGCUGUUCCAGCAUCCACAAAAGCUUUGAUAGUUACUGAUGGAAAUAUCACUUCAGUAGAAGGGUUUAACCUGUCCUUCCUGUUCAAUGCAACUUUACUAAGGCUCAGCACUAAUGGGAUUAUAACCAUUAGAGAUGAUGCUUUUCUUGGACUUAGAACUCUGAAGACUUUACUUCUGGACCAGAACCAAAUAUCAAGCUCUUCUAUUACAUACAGCACAUUUCAUGAAGUUCAGAAGCUGCAAGUGCUAGUGCUAAGCAACAACGUUUUGAGCAGCAUCCAUGGAACUUGGUUUAAGAACAUGAAGGAUCUUAUUAGACUCCAUUUAAAUGGGAACCAGAUAAUUAGCAUCACAGGUAAAAGUUUUGAGAUGGCAAACCUUGGCAACCUCAGGAUCCUGGAUCUAUCAAACAAUUUCAUUAGUUCCAUUGAAAAGAGAGCCUUCCAUGGCCUCACCCAAUUAAUGGAAAUCAACCUUUCUAGGAAUAGGCUAGCUGUUAUUCCUGAUACAUUUUCCUCACUCACUCAAUUAAGCCUUCUAAGCUUAGACCAGAACUGGUGGAACUGCACAUGCAAACUUUAUGACCUAGCCUCCUUUCUAAGGAAAUAUGUGAAUUCUACAUCAAGGAUGCUCACAAAUGCUGACAACAUGAGCUGUAGAGCUUCUGAAAACCCAUCAGUCAUCAAUCUACUUGAGCUCACAGAGGUCAACUGUAAGUCUGCACUUAAACGCCCUCCUGAUAUUUUAAAAAACAGGAGGAGCAACUACGGGCGAGAUGUCACACUGGUUGCUGUUUUUUCCUUUCUAGGAGGUGUUGGUCUCACUUGCCUAGUUUUAGCCCUCUUUAACAGGAAGUUUCAACACGGCAAAGCAAAUGAACGCUCAUCAGGAAACUGCUGUUGCAGAACCCUAGAUGAAUCCCAGUGUGGUCAUGAGGCAAGAAAUUACCUCACUAAGGGAUACUGUAACUGCCACUUAACUUGGGAAAAUGAAAUAAAGGUCAUGUCCAUGUUGGGGUCUGGCAGGGAAAUGCCACUUUUAACGGAAAAUAGCCAUCAAGAAUCAGUAAAGGCAGAGCCUAAGUGCACAGGCCUAAAAAUGCCACUCAGAAGCAUUCAAAAGGAGAAUGAACAGAUGAAAAAUGACAAUUUCUUGUGCCUUAACUGUAGACUGCUACAGUCUUAUCCUCAAGAGUCAUCUGGGAAUACAGCUGGGCCUAAUGAAGCAGAUGUACUGCACCAAAAGCAUUUCCGAAGAAGAGUUAGAAGCCCAGAAAACUUUGGGCAGUGGGAGGAAGACACAAGAUCAGAGGACCAUCCCAAACUGAAUCAAGGAAUCAGAAGUGACACAUUCUGUAGAAGAUGUUCAAGAGCUGUGUGUGCUUUGGCAAAAGAGAGGCUUGGAAAACAGUCAGCAAAUGAAUUGUGCCAAUCUCUAUCCAAAAUUGAGGAGGAUAACAACUGCUUAAAGGGUUACAGGCCGAAGCAAAGGCAUCUUAUUACAGCAUCUGACACACCAGAAGAAUCAAAGGAAUACUGUGGGCGAACAGCAUUAGAAAGCUAUAGAUCACAACAGAGUGGAUCAUUAGAAAGGAGCAAAAAUAUUUCUCCACAGCUAGACAACUUUCUUACCUGUAAAUACAUAGACUAUGAUAAAUAUCAUGAUGUCCCAACAGAAAAGAAACAGGACCCCAGCAAAAAUGUAAAGCUGGAUGAAGAGCAGAGUGAAGUUAAGAGCAAAAGAGCAGACAGUUGCUGUAUGAGCGAUGAAGAGGUGCCAUUAUCACCAGCAAUCAAGAGACUGUAUCAGCCCAAGAAUGUGAGCUUUUAUGUACCUGACCUGGCAACAGUGAAGAGAAUGGAUGUGACAAAUGGUUUAAGUGAGGUGAGAACCCUGGAGAACAAGCGACAGCACAAGUGUAUUCAAGGAAACCCCUCCCCUGCUCUGGUAAGGAGAUUGCAUAGUGAUCCAGAAGCAAAAACUGAAGAAAGGAAACCAUCUCCCACCUCUGUAGGUCCUGGGGGGAAAGAGAAUGAAUACAUUCAGAAGCAUAAAAUAAAAACUAAAAGACAGGACUAUUUAACUGUGAAGUUAAAUUUACAGCCUUUUAGAAAAGCAAGAAUCCAUCCUGAAGAACAUCUUCACAAAGAAAACAAAGAAGAAUGCCCAUGUUGUCAACAUACAAAAUUGCCACAUGCUUCCAAGAAAAAAGAAAAAAGAAAAAGAAAAUCUGAAAAUUCUGUGGGGGCCCAAGAGAUCUCAGAGUGCAACAAAAAUAUUAUUUGCUCUAGAGCAGUUGUUGGGAAAGUGUGUGAAGAAAAUGGCACAGAUACAGUAAUCUCUUGUUCUUCUAGGGGUAUUUCUGCAAUGACUGACAGUACCUCAUCAGCCAAGCAUUUACAAACUCCAACUUGCACCAAGGGAAAACCUCUAUUCUCACCAAAUGGAACUUCAAGGAUGACUGUUUCUGUUCUUUCACCUGACCAUUCAUCAGGUCUUUCACAGAGUACAGCAAAUUAUAUUCCCCUAUCAGUGAAUUCUAAAGAACUUAAUGAAGAUGCUAUAGAAACUGCAGUCUUGGCCUUUCACCAGAAUUCUCUGAAGACUGCAACAAAGGAAAAAGACCACAGUCUUUCUCCAGCUGUCUUUAUCCAAAGAGAAAGUUUCGAUUUGUUAAAUCCCAGCAAUGAAGAUAAUUUACAGCUUCAGCAAAUUACUGAGAAUGUAAUGCAAAACAUGGAUCUUGAACAGGUCCAAAAUCAGCAAUUAAAACAACAGGAUGAAAACCUAACCAUGAAAGAUUGUCUGGAAGGGUGUGAAAGAGCUGUUGAGCUUGAAUCUGCACAAAGACACCUAGUUACUGUGCAGUCUCAUAGCUUUAAUGAAAUACUACCAUGUAGACAUCAAAGUCCCACAGAAAAUGACACAAACAGACCAAAAUCUCCUGCGCACUUCAGUAGUGCACUUUCUCAUUCUCAGGCCAAUGGGUGUAUAACCAUCAAACAACUUCAGAAACCUGAUAGGGCUAAUGACAUGGAAGAAUAUGGAAUAAAAACAGAAAGCAACAGUGAGUUGGCUAAAAUGUUUAUCCCAGAUACACAAAUGGACUCAGCAGGCCUAAACGAAGAAGGAGCACAAACUGGGGGUGAGUGGGAGAAUAACGAAUGCAAAACAUUUCAUAAAAACAUUGUCAAAGUGACCAUUAUCUCUAGCACAUCAAGUGUCCCCAGUUCUCCUGAAACUGGAAACACACAUUUGGAGAGUAACAUCAAUCUUGAAACGAACAAUAAUGUGCAUAUGGAUAAUGAGAGUAAUUUGCAAGAAGCUCCAAACAAUCAACUUGAUGAAGGUAGCAAUGAACAUAAAGAAGGUAAAAUGCCACCAGCAACACAUCAAGCACCUUCUUUGUUAGCAAAGUUUAAAGAUGUCAAUUAUGAGGAACAAACUGUGAUGUCUUCACUCCGUGACAAUACAAAUAAAGCUGAAAUCUCUGUUUUCAAACCUACAUUGUCUCCCACAUCUGCUGAUUAUGAUAAAGAAUUACCUUCACAAGCAGAACAAAGCAAAGUAAAUAUUUCAAAUAACAGUUAUCCUUCCUUAGUUCUUUUCAGAGACAAAAAGCCCUUUUCGAUAUGA